GCGUGCGCCUUGGGGCCCAAGUUGGGGCGCGCCGUGGCUAGAACGCGGAGAGCGGCGGGCAGUGCAGCCAAUGGGAGGCGGCGCUGCCUAGCGGCUGGUAGGCGGUGCCUGCGCGGGUGUUAGGUUAGCGCGAGGCGUGACCUAGUUGACAGGCUCUGAGGUGCUGCUGUGGCGGCGUCCGCGGGGCUGAGGCGGGUGGGAGCCGGAGCUGAGCGCGGGCUGAGGGAGGAGGGCGGCGACUGGAGAGCAGCGAGCGGCGAGCAGCGCAGGACGCGGAGCCUCUUUCACUUUUUCCCUGCUGAGUGCCCCCUAUCACCCCUCCCACUCCACACACACCCUGUUUGCCCGUGAGCCUGGGGAACUUGCAGCUUAAAGCCAGCCACCCCCACGGCAACAUGUACCCCAGCAACAAGAAGAAAAAGGUGUGGAGAGAGGAGAAAGAACGUUUACUGAAGAUGACCUUAGAAGAGAGACGCAAAGAAUACCUAAGAGACUAUGUUCCCCUGAACAGCAUUCUAUCAUGGAAGGAGGAGAUGAAGGGCAAGGGCCAAAAUGAUGAAGAAAAUACUCAGGAAACAUCCCAGGUGAAGAAAAGUUUGACUGAAAAAGUUUCUCUCUAUAGAGGUGACAUCACAUUGCUAGAGGUAGAUGCUAUAGUCAAUGCUGCAAAUGCCAGUCUUCUUGGAGGAGGAGGUGUGGAUGGCUGUAUUCAUAGAGCAGCUGGCCCCUGUUUGCUAGCUGAAUGUCGUAACCUGAAUGGCUGUGAUACUGGACAUGCAAAAAUCACAUGUGGCUAUGACCUGCCUGCAAAAUAUGUCAUCCAUACUGUAGGGCCAAUAGCCAGAGGCCAUAUUAAUGGUUCCCACAAGGAAGACCUUGCAAAUUGCUAUAAAUCAUCUCUGAAGCUGGUGAAAGAAAAUAACAUCCGAUCAGUUGCAUUUCCCUGCAUCUCAACAGGCAUUUAUGGCUUUCCGAACGAGCCUGCUGCAGUCAUUGCCCUCAGCACCAUUAAGGAAUGGCUUGCCAAGAAUCACCAUGAGGUGGAUCGGAUCAUUUUCUGUGUCUUCUUAGAAGUUGACUUCAAAAUCUACAAAAAGAAAAUGAGUGAGUUUUUCUCUGUAGACGAUAAUAAUGAUGAAGAAGAGGAUGUCGAAAUGAAAGAAGAUUCAGAGGGGUUAGAGCCAAAAGGCCUCUCUCCACCCCACAAGAAGAGCAAAGCAAAGAAGCCAGAAUGUUCAAAAGACUCUAGCGAGGAUGAGAAUGGUCCAGAGGAAAAGCAAAGUGUGGAAGAAAUGGAAGGACAAAGCCAAGAUGCAGAUGGUGUCAACACUGUCACAGUGCCUGGCCCUGCUUCCGAAGAGGCAGUGGAAGACUGUAAAGAUGAAGAUUCUGCAAAGGAUGACAAUAUUACAAAAGGCGAUGACGUGACAGAUCAUUCUGUGUGUGACCAAGAUCAUCCCGAUGGACAAGAGAAUGAUUCAACGAAGAAUGAAAUAAAAAUUGAAACAGAAUCCCAGAGCUCAUAUAUGGAAACAGAAGAACUUGCAUCAAACCAAGAAGAUGCGGUGAUUGUGGAGAAACCAGAAGUGAUUCCAUUAACAGAUGACCGAGAAGAAAAAGAAGGUGAAAAAGCUCCAGGCGAGGACACACCUAGAGUGCCUGGGAAAAGUGAAGGCUCCAAUGACCUAGAAAAUACUCCAGGUCCUGAUGUGGAAAUGAAUAGUCAGGUUGACAAGGUAAAUGACCCAACAGAGAGUCAACAAGAAGAUCAACUAAUAGCAGGGGCACAAGACGAAGCGAAGGAACAAAGAAAUGGAACUAAAUGACAAUCCUCGGUAUCGCAAGGCCUCUCCUGGCUCUGGGGGAGUUCGGGAAGAUAGCAGCACACGCUGUGGAGGAGGGUGGGGGUGGGGGGAAGGCAAGUCCCACAGAAGGACGGGGAAUCCUUUACUCUAAUUUCUCCAGCUGCAUUUUGUUCCGUUUAUCUGC